AAUAAAUACGCGUAUCGAUAAUUCUUAUACUCUAAUAUAUAAUACAGACGCGUGCAUAGAAUGUGAACACGAUUCAAUUAUAAUUAAAUAUAUAUAUAUAUGUGUAACUUAAGGCAAAUAUUAUUUUAUUUGACAUUGUCAGUAGUUGGUAGUGGAGAGCAGAGCAGAGCGCGCAGCAUGGCAGGGUCACACUCACACUGGAGGCCACCACGUUCAUGUGACGUCUACUGGUGUGAAUUCAAGCACUGCAAGAGUUUAUUUAACAGAUUCCAUGAAUACUACUCCUAUGGCAGAGCACCGGACUGCCAGCAGUGGAAAGAAGACUUUUACACCUGCAAAGAGUGGGAGAAAAACCACAGCACACAGGCCAAGGAAUCCCUCCAGGAGAGCGAGAGGAAGCGGGACGCUGAGCAGGGGAAGUUCACUCCGGUCUGGGAGCUUCGGCAGACGCCUCCGGCUGAUUGGCACCUGCCUCUCAACCAGGGCAAACCACAGGACUCAUAAAGUCGUAAAGGACUAUUUAUGACGCAAGAAAGUACUCGAGUUGCAUGAACUUCUCACACUACCUCUCCUGGACUGAUGCACUUCUGUUCUGUUGCAGAUCUGAUUUGCUCAGUGCAAAAAGCAGCUUAAAAAGUCUUGGAUCAAGUUAGUGCAGAACCUAAAUAUGGAAUUAAUAAAGUCAACGUUGAAGUGUAAGCAUUUCAUGAGAAAGUCAAUAUAGCACACAAAGGGAUAUUAUCCUACUUCUGUUUAUUUUCCAUUUAAAAUAUAUCGCAAAGCCACUUUUGAUGCUAUUCGAAAGGUGUUUUAAUUCCAUACACGCAUUUAUUUAUUUAUUUAGU